AGUUCAUCAACGGUACAACAAGCGUAACUGAAGAAAAUACGCGCCUUACAAAUUCAAUCCUGAAGCUUUUACAAAGACUUGUUCUGAGAAUUGGAAUGAAAAGCAGCAAUCUUUUCGAAAAAUGAAGAACACAGUGCUUACAGUGGGGUGCUGCUCCAUCAUAAUCCCUCCCAAUUCCCCUCACAAGCCCUCAAUUUCAGCCAAGCUUCCUCAAUCCAAACCCUCAUCAUCGAAACCUCUGCUCUCCACCGUCCGAUGGGACUUGCCGCUGCACCGCAACCAAAAGAGCCUCAGAUACUACGCUCAGCUGGAUUCCAAGCUCGCCGAAGACGCCAAGCUGGAUGAUUUCUUGUUAAUUGCCGAGACUGUGUUGAAUUCUGGUGUUAAAGUUUCCGACUUUGCGAAUUUGAUUAAUGUUGACCUUGUUUCGAAAGGAUUGAUUCGGAUGCUUAGGAGUGGUGAUGUGGAGAGAGUUGUGCAAGUGUUGAGUGGUGCUCAGAAGCUAGGGCUUAGUGUUGCAGAGUUGUUUGAUAGGAAUGUCGUUGAGGCGUUGCGGAAAGAAUGUAGUUUGGUUGCGGAGAGGGGCAAUGUUGAGGCUGUUGUUGAUUUAUUGGAAGUGCUUAGUGGAUUUCAAUUAUCAGUUAAGGAAAUUGUGGACCCUGCACGAAUUAUUAAAAUUUGCGUGGCCCAAAGGAAACCAAAUGUGGCCAUAAGGUGUGCUCGUAAUUUUCCAACUGCCCAUAUAUUAUUCUGUAGCAUAAUUCUUGAAUUUGGCAAGAAAGGUGACAUCAUGUGUGCUAUGGAUGUAUUUGAAGCCUCUAAGCAGGACAUGGACCGUCCUAACAUGUAUAUCUACCGCACAAUAAUAGAUGUAUGUGGUCUGUGUGGUGACUAUCUGAGAUCUAGGUCCAUUUAUGAGGAACUUCUAACUCAAAAGAUCACUCCAAAUCUUUAUGUUUUUAAUAGUCUUAUGAAUGUGAAUGCUUGUGACUUGAACUACACGAUGCACGUUUACAAACAUAUGCAGAGUGUUGGUGUUGCUGCUGAUGUGACAUCUUACAACAUCCUCUUGAAAUCUUGUUGUCGAGCGGCAAGAGUUGAUUUGGCUCAAGACAUAUACAGGGAGGUACAAAGUUUAGAAUCAACUGGAGUUUUGAAACUGGAUGUUUUCACAUACAGCACAAUCAUUAAGGCAUUUGCAGAUUCUAAAAUGUGGCAAAUGGCUCUUGAAAUUAAAGAAGACAUGCUCACAGCUGGUGUCACUCCCAAUACUAUAACAUGGUCAUCAUUGAUAAAUGCAUGCUCUAGUGCAGGUCUUGUGGAGCAGUCUAUCCUAUUAUUCGAAGAAAUGCUUUUGGCUGGUUGUACACCCAACACACAGUGUUGCAACACUGUACUUCAUGCAUGUAUUGAGGCUCACCAGUACGACAGGGCCUUUCGCUUAUUCAAUAAUUGGAAAAUAAGUGCAACUGAUAAAUUUUACGGAAAAGAUUAUCAGAGGAAGAUUGAUAGAGGCAGGCACAAUGCACGUAAAAGUUAUACUAUGACUGGGCAAGAUUAUGGGUCUGAUUCUGAUCAUGUACACUUUACUAAAAUGGUUCCCUUCAAACCCACUACUGCAACAUAUAAUAUUCUGAUGAAGGCAUGUGGUACGGAUUACAAGCGCGCAGAAGCUUUAAUGAAUGAGAUGAAGACCUGUGGUCUUUCACCUAAUCAAAUAAGCUGGUCAAUUUUGAUUGAUAUAUUUGGAGGCUCAAGAAAUGUCAAGGGUGCUAUGCAGAUUUUAGAUUCCAUGCGUCGAGCGGGUAUUCUACCUGAUGUUAUUGCAUACACAGCAGUUAUGAAGGUUUGCAUACAAAACCAAAACCAGAAAUUUGCAUUUUCCUUAUUUGAGGAAAUGAAGAGAUAUCAUAUACAGCCAAACUUGGUAACAUACAAUACACUUCUAAGAGCCCGUACAAGAUAUGGUUCCCUGGAGGAGGUGCAACAAUGCCUUGCUAUAUAUCAGGAUAUGCGGAGAGCAGGGUUCAAUUCCAAUGAUUAUUAUCUUAAACAACUAAUAGAGGAGUGGUGUGAAGGAAUACUACAAGGUAACAGCCAGAAUCUCCCACACACUUCUAGCAGCAGAACUGACUUGGAAGGCUCUCAAAGCCUGCUUCUGGAGAAAGUAGCGGCAAAUUUGCAAAAGACUGGUCCUAAAAGCUUAGCUGUUGAUCUUCGAGGACUCUCAAAGGUUGAAGCUCGGAUUGUGGUUCUUGCUGUUUUACGAAUGAUUAAGGAGAACUACACUCCAGGAACCUUGUUAAAAGAUGAUAUGUCAAUAAUAUUAGGAGUACAGGAAGUAGGUUCAAGUGAUGCCAAUCAUGACAACGUGAAAGAUGCUAUAAUAAAACUUUUGCGGGAUGAUUUGGGGCUUGAAGUUAUUUCUGGAGCCACUGGAAGUAUCAAUUCGAAUUCGGACACAGACAAUAUAAAUACCAUCACAGUAGGAUAUCCCACAGGAUUAGAAUCUCCAAGGAGACCUGCCGUUUUGCAACGUCUCAAGGUCACAAAAAAGUCAUUAAACAAGUGGUUACAGAAGAGACUGGGUGCAUCUAGGAAAUAACUAUUCUGCAUCCAGGCAAGAUUUUUGUAGAUGAUAAUAAUUAGCUUGUAAAUUUGCAUUUCUUACAUUCUCUAGCGGCAGAGAGCAUAAUAAAGAGCAUAUUUAUAAUCACUGAAUCAGAUACCCUUUAGAUCACUGGAAACACCAUUUGAUGAGGCAAAUAAGUAAAGUUAAAGAUGUGUAAUA